AGAAAAUGCUAUUUGUCCGCAAUCGGGCUCAACGUUGAGACUUGGUAGUUGGGAGUAAUACAUUUCACGCUCAGCCCCUGCAGGUCUAGGCAUUGCAGGCUAGCCGAUGUUCCAGGCUCCCCAGGUUCCCCCAACCUCCCCCAAACGUUCUCGAGUCACGGUCAACGGUUUUCCAACUCCCCAGUAGUUUAUCUACCCGCGCCGUCAAACUCAAUUUUGGAUUUUGACAGAAACACAGUAUUGACAACUUUCAGACGAUAGACAGAUUUGAGUCAAUAUUUGCGUUUGACAGUUUACCAACACCCGAAUAGGAGCGAGCGACGAUGCAGUCCCCGACGUCCAAACCGGCGUCCGGGGAGCGCACGCCGCUACUAGCAGAUGGAGUACCCUCGCGCAACUCAAGCGACUCCCUCCGCCGCGCCGAACAAGAAGAUGCCGCCAUCCACGGCACCCCACUCUCACCAACGCCCACCGCCCGCACCCGCACCGUCCGCGAGCUCCUCCUCUUCUCCUGGGCCCUCCUCGCAACAGCCGGAGUAAUCGUCCUGGCAGUAGUCCUCCAACACCGCAACAGCACCGCCAACCCACCCACCCCCACCGACCCCAUCCCCAUCAUCCCCGGCGAUCCAGGCACGGGAACCCCCUACCCAGCCAUCUCCUCCCUCCCCCCGAAGAAAGACCGCAAGCGCAACCUCAUCUUUAUGGUAUCCGACGGCAUGGGCCCUGCCUCCCUGUCUCUCACUCGAACAUUCAGACAGCACGUCAAUAAUCUCCCCAUGGAUGACACCCUCGUCUUGGAUCAGCACUUUUGGGGCACGUCGAGAACAAGAUCGUCAAAUUCAUGGGUGACGGACUCUGCGGCUGGGGCUACGGCGUUUAGCUGUGCGAGGAAGAGUUACAACGGCGCUAUCGGGAUGGAACCCGGGUUUAAGCCCUGCGGUACGGUCCUCGAGGCUGCCAAACGGGCGGGGUACAAGACUGGUUUGGUUGUCACGACGGAUGUGACGGAUGCGACGCCGGCGUGUUUUGCUAGUCAUGUUGGGUAUCGAUGGCAGAUGGAUGAGAUUGCGAUGCAGGAGAUUGGGGAGGGGGUGUUGGGACGGUCAGUGGAUUUGAUUUUGGGGGGUGGGAGAUGUCAUUUCUUGAAGAACUCUACCGCGGGGAGUUGCAGACAGGAUGAUGUUGAUGUUGUGGAGAUUGGGCAGAAGAAGCAUGGGUGGGGGUAUGUGGAUGACAGGGCUGGGUUUGACUCGCUCAAGUUGGGGAAGAAUGUGAGCUUGCCGUUGUUGGGGUUGUUUGCCGAGAGGGAUGUGCCGUUUGAGAUUGACCGCAGGCAUAUGAAUGAUGUCUACCCUAGCUUAAGCGAGAUGGCGGUCACGGCUUUGAAGGCGUUGGAGGAGGCGACCAAGGAUAGUGAGAAGGGCUUUUUCUUGAUGAUUGAGGGGAGCAGGAUUGAUCACGCGGGACAUAUCAAUGAUCCGGCGGCGCAGGUGAGGGAGGUGUUGGAGUAUGACAAGACUUUUAAUGCCGUGUUGGAGUUUAUCGAGGAGUCGGAUACGGAGGGUGUUUUGGUUGCGACGAGCGAUCACGAGACGGGUGGGUUGUCGACUGCCUGGCAGGCGCCGAAUGAGCUGCCUGUAUACAACUGGCAUCCCGAGGUUCUGCUGCAGGCGAAUGCCUCGGCCGAGUAUCUCACGCUACUGUUACAGCAACACAUGAUCGCGAACCCGGUCGAGGAGCAGCAGCAGCUUCAGGACUGGAUCAGGGAGGAUUUGGUGGAGAAGAGAUUGGGGAUCAAGGAUGCGUUGGAGAUUGAGAUCAAUGCUCUGGCGUCGAAUCCUUUACUGGCGAUGAAUAUAUUUUCGAAAAUGGUGAGCAUCCGGGCGAGGAUUGGAUGGUCUACCCAUGGGCAUUCGGCCGUGGAUGUGAAUAUUUAUAGCAGCGGGGGGCCGGGGACGGAGGAUAUCAGGGGAAAUGUGGAGAAUAUUGAGGUCGGAGGGUUUUUGAGGAGGUAUUUGGAUGUGGAUGUGGAGGAGAUUACUAGGGAGCUGAGGGAGAAGAUGGUGGUUGAUGUGAAGGAGGCGGAGAUGACCGGGAGGGAUGGGCACCCUGAGGAGUGGUUUGUGGAGGUGGAUGGGCUUGUGGGUUAUACUACGGCUUGAUGGGUUGAUGAUUUGAGAAGUCAGGUUGGUACAUGGCUGAUAUGGGAUAUGAAAUAUGGGACAUGAGAGGCGUCUGGGUUGAUGAGCGGCUUGCAUUGGUGUGUUGUUGUUGUUGUAGGAGUAUUACAGAUAGAUAUAGCCAGGCGUAGCGUUUUUGUUUUCUUUUUGGUUUGGGUAGAGGUAAUCAUGGCUCUUUUCUGUGUAGCAUUGAGAAUAGCAUAACACGGUUACCGGUUUGUUACAUACAUGCUCUUGAUUGUUUCACUCUGUGUGGUUUAUCCUCGCAAUACUCUUGUCGAUAACACCAUUGAUCUUUUCUGCCCUGAUAGCAUGAAGAUACACCAUUCACGAAGUACACACCCCCCCUUCGAGGGAGCUCGCCCUGCUCUGUUCCCUCAGUGUUUACGGAGAGUUAGCAGACCGUUGGUAGCUCGGGUUAUUCAUUAACUCGACGACUCUGGGAGCUCAUGUUGAGAAGGAAGGAGCCACCGUCAGAAGGAAGGAGCCAACGUCCAAAAGGAAGGGGCCAAAUGUUGAAAAGGAAAGACCCAACCACGAAUCAACCACCAUGACUUUUCAAAGUGUUUUUCUUCUUUGGUGUUUGUUUACAUCGAGAGAUCAGUCAUCCUCCCCGCUAUCACUCCCACCACUCCAGCCCUCAUGGUACUCCUCCGCCAUUUCCGCCAAAUCAUUCCCCAGCAUCUCCCUGUCCUCCAGCCCUAUGCUCUUGAUCACCGUGUCCUUCAGCUUUCUCAACCUAGUACAGACGCUCGAGUCGGUCGACAAGCUGGUUGUGAUCUUGACCUUGACCUCCGCUCCCUCCUUCUCCUCCUCUUCAUCCUUUUCAACAGUGAAAAUCUCGGGAAACGAAUCCAAAAUCGGGAACGCCAGCUCAGUGGCAUAAGUCUUGGAUAUCGGCUCGUAAGAGCUCUUGCGGAUACGUCGGCCUUUUUCAUCGAGUUCCUCGCCUUCUUUGCCGGAUGUUUCCGAGGGAGAGAACCCGCGGGAGGUGAGCAGUUGGCUGAAGACUCUUGGUGUUCUUUGGUUUUGGUUUCGAAUGGAGUAGACGUCUAUUUGGUCUGCUGCUGAGGAGGAAAGUUUAAUGUCGAGUUGGAUCCCCUCGGAAAAGUCACUGAUGGGGGAGGAGUUGAUUGAGAAUUGUAGCCCGGCAACCUUUUGCUUGCCGGUUAGGUCCAGAGUUUCGAUGAUGGUGUUGAGGGUUUCCUUCUUUUGGCCUCGGAGACGGGAGGGGAGGAGUGCGGAUUCUACUGCUGAGGAGAUCAAAGCUGUUGUGUGCCAAGGGG